CAGUUGUGAGAACUUGUCGCGCUGUGGUGGUGAAAUAUUGUGAAGGCACUCCAGCUUAGUAACUUUCUAUCGCAAGUGUCUCGUGGAGCGUACCAUCUGUCGCUACCGUUCCCCAUGUUUAUUUUUUGUGUGAAAUGCAGCGAACCUUGUAUACUUCAUUCUGAGGUCGUUUGGUAAAUUUUAUGGGUUUACAUGAGAAGGGAUCCAGAGUGUGUCAGAAAGCUUUAUUCGGAAGUUGUAGGGUGGUGAUCGAUGCAGGUAGAUGGCAGGCCUAAUCAUUGCGGAUUUGUAACUCAUGUCAGGGAUGUAAGUGCUACCGGGAACGGCGCCACUAUUCCAGUUCCGUCCGCGGUUACGACGUCGUAAUUGGAGGGGGAAACCGGAUGUUUGUAUCCAUGUCUCGACCUCCUUGACUCUUCCUUUCGGAUCAAAUGUCUGCGAGUCUUAAGUGUUUUCUUGGUCGGGUCUUCACUGCACGCUAAGGCGUGAACUUACUCUUGAUCAUUUCGGGGUCUUGCAUGUAUACCUGAGAUGGGUCUUAAGGGGUGAAAGUGUUGGUUGUGGGCUCGGCGGUGCGAUAUUGCCCUGUUCUGCCGACGAGCGCGUCUGAGCUGCGAAAGAGCAUAGUCUGGGUUUUCAAUACAUCACGCCUUCUUCGUUGACUUCUGGUUGCGACGAAGGUGUGGAUCGGUGUCUGUGCCGGAACUGGCUAUUAUUGAUUUCUUGCGUGUUGGUCUGUCGGCCGUUCUAGUCUACAGAUGUGUUCGGUUUGAAUCCUUCUCUUCUGGGUUGGCGAGUUGCAGGUCGGAUUAGUAGCUGUGCAGACCGGUUCGUUACGCUGUGGUAGCUUUCCUUCUCGGAAUUGGGAGUUCAUGCUAAUUAUUGUUAAGUUUUGGGAUUGGAAGGCACAAUUGCUGUGGAUGUAGAGGUUGGUGGAGUUAGCGAAGUGAGGCGCAGUGCAUUUUGGAUUGCUGCUUGGCAGCGUCACUUGCACACCUAUAUCGCGCUACACACAUAUUUUGAUACGGUUUGAAAUAUUGCUGCUCCUGAGAGUGGUGGAUACCUCGUCAUUUUGAACGCCCAUCCUCAGGCAAUGACAGUGAAUAGGACCAUGGAUGCAGACGAUGUCCUUCUAAGUAUAAAUUCUCUUGAAUCUGCAUCAGAUCUGGAUAAGAGUGGUGUGACAGAUUCUCCGGAUGGGGAGAUCAAACGUGUGAUAUGUCAGAAACAGAGAGAGCCUGAGGCAGAGAUCGAGAAUCCCAAGACGAGGUUGAGGAUUGUAUCGCGGAACUGGGAGGCUUCCAAGGGAGAUGCCAUUAUGAAUCCAGAGCUCAGUAGCGGAGCUGAGAAAUUAGCAGAUGGAGAUGAUCAAAAAAUCAAGCCUGGCCUUUCCAGUCCGCUUCCUAGUCCGCAGACUCGACCUAGAGCUGCUUUUGUUGGUCCGAUGUCGCCUCGGUCAUCACCUGGUGAGCACGCAGAUUUGGUCGAAAAGAACAGAUAUCUUGAGUUGGCUCUGAAGAAGAGUAUGCUUGAGAACGAAGCUUUGAAGCGUGAGUUUGAAGAGGAGAAGAACAUGCUCAUUGAGAGCCUUGAUCGUCUCGAGCUCGCCAACGAGCAGCUGCUGGCAGGCGGUGAGAACUCUGGUAUGGAGCAGCUCCAGAUGGAGCUUACCAGGUUGCAGAGGCACAAUACUUUGCUUUCUCAAAGGGAACGGGAGCUUCAGUUUCAGCUCAGCACCAAGGAUAUGCUUCAGAAAGAAGUUCAGCAUUUGCAAGAGUUGAAUGAGCAAUUGUUGGAGUCGAGGUCUGGAGAUGGGGACUCUGAAUCCGGAAACAAGUUGCUUGAGAGGAUUAUGACUCUGGAGACAGAGCUUGCUGAUACAAUAGAGGUGAACAAUUUGUACAAAUCACAGCUCCACGAUGCUUUUGCUGAACCUAAGAUAGCUCCAGGCGCACCUGCUGCUGGUGGAGACGAGGAGGUUGCGAAGCUACGUGCUCAAGUGAAGACAUUAGAGGGAGAAUUGCAAGAUCUUCGCGAUCGGUAUUUCGUCAUGAGCAUUCGUCUCGCUGAGAGAGAAGCCCAACAUGAAGAAGUUAUGAUGAAGUUCCGAAGACUUCAAAGUCCUAUCAAACAUUUUACCGGUUCAUUUAAAUGGGAAGCUUAGAUAGGGCAAAUUACUUAGAGAGAUUCCUUCGAAGAGGAGCUUUAGAACCCAUUUCUGUAAGUAGUUAUAUUCUAUUGAAGAAUAUGUGGUCAUUCCACUAAACAUGACCAGUUCGUUGGUAUGCAACUUGGGACGUGUGUGGAAUUUGUUUUACUUCUUGUCAUCUGCACACGCAGUUUCUAGCCGUCACGACCAUGUGCUUGAUGAUUGCAUACAAGAGCUUCAAAUAUUCCGUACUGGUUCACCUUAUUCGGACAUUUGAAUCCCUUGGAAGAUCAUUUCUCGAACAAUAGAUAGUGAACCGUCUGUUUUAUAAUGGUAGAUGUCGAAAUGACGUUUGCUGAUUGUUGAGACAAAAUUUUGUACGAUUCCAUCAUCAAUCUUUUAAAAUUGGUCAUUGUUUGUCACAA